AUGACCGAGUACGACUAUUCGCCCGAGGCAUACGAGCGCCAUCUUGCCACUCAGAACAGGAUAGCCAACUGGGUGCAGCACACAGAGCAGCACAGACCCCAGUUUGAGAAUGCGCGCUCUCCCUCACCCCCGCAGCGCACUCGCCACCAUCAACCCCCGCGCCCGCUGUACAUCCACCCGCCAUCCCCCGCGUCAGACUCUUCAGAGGGAUACGCGCACCGCCCAGGGCCGAUGCCUUUGAGCAGUCCCCCGAUAAUGAUGUACCCGCCGCCGCCGCCGAUGCUCAUCCACCCAUCCUACACCGCAGCGCCGCACCACAAGCCAUCGCACCACCGCCAUCGCUCCCCCCACGCCCACUCGCGCUCCCACUCCCAGCAGUCUCCGCCGUACUACAGUCCCCCUGUCUCGCCAGGCUACCAGUACCCGUAUCCCGCUGGAGGCUACUUUGUCGUCCAACGUGCUCCAGGACCGAUGCCUGUCAUGUCCAACAUCCCAGCUCCCCCCAACAUCUCCUCCUUUUCCAGUGCCAGCACCGCCUAUUUCCAGCCAGCCACCUCUGCUGCAUCCUCCCACUCCGCAGCCCACCUCUACCCGCCUCCCCUGCCCGGCCCGGACGCCUGGUCUUAUGGCGCUGCAUCCCCCUCGCACUCUGUCGUCUCGGGUUCUGUCCCUGCCCACUACUUUCCCCAGUAUCAGGGAAUACACUCCGCCAUGGCCUCGCCUGCCUACUCUUCCCCUCAAGGCCUGCCUCAGUUGCACCAGCGGGUAUACCAUCUCCAGACACACCACUAUCGACGAAGCGUCGGCUAG